UUGAUGAAGAAAGCUUUGGGUACCUGGAUCUUCACACCAUCACCACCUUGACCCCCAGAAUAGGCGAGAGGCUAAAAUUCAUUAACAAACAUAAUGAAUUUGUCUAUAGUGGAGAGCCUGGACACAGACCAACUGAUCACAGGAAAGGAAAGAAAGGCCAUGGUGCGGAUUUUGGUGUCUCACCUCAUUGAAAAAUGUGGAGAAACACCUACCGCGGUGAUGAAAACUGCCCUGGCUUCCGCCUUGAUUCAUGCAUUCCCCUGCUUAAACGAUGACAGUGGUUUUGGAACAUGGUAUGCCAAGGGGCGAUCCCACCACCCAGCAACCGGGUUCCUAGAGGAAAGACUCCGUAAUAUCAGGAAGCAGUUGAGGAGGAGCUCGUGCGGGCCCAGGCCACAGAGGGAACAAGACACUGUGCCCAGCAGGAUAGUCAUACCAGCAGCCACCAUAUCCGAAGAGCGAGCUGUGCAGUUUGCAGAAUGGUUGAAGAAUAACUCACCGCCCCUCGCCCAGGUGGAGGCAUUUAUGCGCGACAGCUGCCAGUACAGGGCAGGAUGGAUACGGGCCGAGCACUCGAAGUCCAUUCCCGAAGUCCUGGCCAUGUUCCCUCGUCUUACUACUCCAGGCAUGAUUGCACAAGAUUUUUCGAUCCUCUUUGAGCCUGCACCUAAACUCUUCGAAACGUGGGUUCCUCUUUACGCUGACAAGAUCAUUCGUCUGGCGAAACGCGAAGGGAAACUCGCAUUGCCAGAGGAACAGAUCAAUCUGGGUCGGAACUAACAUGGUGGAGUAUUUGGAGCAAGCCAAAUCGUCC